AUGCAGUCCCUCGUGCUCGUGGACGACUACAGCAGACCAGCGGCGGCAACAGCCGGCCCGGCGAAAGGCGACCGUAGCCUUCUCCCGCUGGGAUUGAUAAGCAAACCGCCCGCCGCCGAGCACGGUACCGGCGGCAACAACAACAGCAACAACAACGCCGCCGGCCGCCCACAACGACCAACCGGCGAACCGCUAUCGGAUCCCCUCUACGUGAGGGCAGAGGGCUGCCCGUCGACGCUGCCGCCCCCACCCGCGGGGCCCCCGGUCAUGGUCCUCUUUCCGGCAACUCUCCCCCUAUCGAUAUUCCUGGCCCCGCCGCCGCCAGCAACGCUCGCCUCAGGCGUGCUCACCCUGCUGGCCAUCCUGGGGUCGUGGGGAUGGGGGUGGGGGUUGGUGUCCGCGGCGGGGGUCGGGUCGGGAUUGGCGGCCGGGCUGACGGCGGGGCUCGGCGUAAGGUCAAGGCCCGUGGGAGGCUGGGGCUUCACCGGUCUGUCGGUGCUCGGGAUCGCGCUCCUCGGGGGCGGGAAGGCGAGCCUCACAUUCGGGAUGUCGCUGGGGCUGUCUACGCUGUGGAGGCACGGGUGGUGGUUGUACGUUCAGCCGGAGUGCGCCCCGGUUUUGUUCCUGCUGUCGGGAACGACGGCUGAUGUCGCCCUGGGGUUCCUGCUGACUUCGCUGCUCCAGAUUCACCGCUCGCCAUCUCCGCCACCACCCCCGCGGUCCGAAUCUCAAGAUUCGUCUAGGCCCCAGGUCUCUGCUGCAGCGGCGCAUGACCACCACGCCUCGGGUUCGCAGGCGGACAUGUGGAACGCUGUGACACCCCCCGGCCUUGCCGGUUUGCGCGGCCGUAGAACUUAGCUCUUAGGAUACACGGAUGUGGUUUUUUUCCGGGGGGGGGGGAUUUUCGUUAAGUAAUCUUGUGCGAGUUAAAAUGC